AUGCAAAGAUAUUUUGUUCCUCUUGUUUCAGGUGCCAAAUGGACGUACAGGGGGCCAGAAGGAGAGCACCACUGGUCCAAUCAUUAUCCAUUUUGUGGUGGAGCUUUCCAGUCUCCAAUCGACAUCAAGUCAGAUUUGCUGAGGUUCGACCCCAGUUUGCGUCCGAUCGAGGUUCAUAACUACAACAUGUCGCCCAAUGAGCAGCUCACUCUUGGAAAUAAUGGACAUUCUGUGCAGAUCUCCCUGCCCUCGAAGAUGCACAUCUCCAGCCUGCCGCAUCGCUACACCGCAGCUCAACUGCACUUCCACUGGGGCUCCUCCGGCCGACCUGCUGGAUCUGAACACAUGGUGAACAGUCGACAGUUCGCAGCCGAGAUGCAUGUGGUCCACUUCAAUUCAGACAAGUACCCCAACAUGUCCAUGGCUGUGGACAAAUCCGACGGCCUGGCGGUGCUGGGUGUCCUGAUCGAGGUUGGUGAGUUCAAUCCUGCCUUUGACCAGUUCCUGAAGUUCGUCAAUGGGAUUAAAUACAGAGACCAGCGAGUGCAGGUGCCCGGCUUCAACGUCAGAGCGCUUCUGCCUGCACGCUUGGACGAGUAUUAUCGCUACGAUGGGUCACUGACAACUCCUCCGUGUUACCCUAGCGUGCUGUGGACACUGUUCAGGAACCACGUGACCAUAUCUCGCAAACAGUUUGUAGCCCUGGCGACGGCCCUCUUCUCCUCCCAUGCCCAGGAGUCAGCCCCUGUGCCACUGAACGGCAACUACAGGAAACCACAGCACGCGGACAGCCGAGUCGUCCUGGUUUCCUUUAAGGAGGGUAAAGGACUGCAUGGCACUCUUACAGUCACGUCUCCGCUCACGAGGAAGCGGGUCAUUCAGCAGCUGCUGGUCGGUGAUUUAGCGGACCUGGCUGACGAAGGGCUCUACCAGCUCCUACCAAGUGGCUCGGAGAAACUCCAUGCUGGCAAGAAGAAAGACCUCAAGAACCAGCAGAGUCAGAGUCUGGCCAAUUCCAAACAAUGGACGCUGAAUCCCUCCCCGCGGAAGAGGAGCCAAACCAAACAGUCUGUGGGAAAGUUGGGUCUGGCCGAAGACACACUCUGCUACGCCUCACUGGAGCAGAGAGUUCUCCAUCAGCUCCAACGGUCCCACUCUGAGAACCAGCUGGUUCACACUCUCAGAGAUGAAGUCUUCCCUAAGCUCAACCUCCACAGCUACCUGGACUGUAGGUCAGAUUUAGCCCUCCCCACCAUCAGGCAUAUUCUCAAAGGACGGCCAACAGACGAGGCGUCUGAGUUGGACCGCUCUCUGACAAAAGCUUUGAUGUAUUCGAAGAAACCUCACACAGCAACCAAGGAGACAGUGCCAAAGAGAAACCACGGCAGUCUCUCCCCUGCUACUGUUCCCGGGAAACCACACAGCCAGGGCUAUCCACAUCCUUGGCUCUUGCCUAUGGAGUGGGAAGACUAG